AUGGUUGUUUUCUCCUUGGGGACUGUGAGGAUGUCCCAGAUGUGGAUGCUGAGAUGGGUCGUCUUACUGGUGGGGCUGCAGUCACUGCAAGCAGACUUUAUGAAGGAUUAUGGAGAAAUUGACGUUACUAUGGACAUUAUGUGGCCAACAACAACAGUGUUCUCCAUGACAAAAGUACCGGUAACUACAGUUGAACCGAAUCCUGAUCAUCAGUCCAUGGUCUGCAGCACAUGGGGAAAUUUCCACUUCAAGACCUUUGAUGGUCAAUUCUUUCAAGUGGCAGACACGUGCAACUAUGUUCUGACAGUGAUGUGUGACAUCCCCAUUUCUGAUUUUAACAUCCAAAUGCAAAGAGAGACUGUGAAUGGUUCAAUCACUUUCAACACAGUCACAAUAGAGCUGGAGGGGACAAUCAUCAAAAUCACUAAUGGUGACAUUACCAUGGGGAACGAAAAGGUGUCUGUUCCGACCAAUAUGCAUGGAAUUCAAAUCGAGGGAAGUCCAACAAGUCUAAAGAUCUCGAACAAACAUGGAGUGACUGUCUUCUGGGAAGAAGACAACUAUCUAACGAUUGAACUUCCUGAGAAGUACCAAGGUCUGACCUGCGGACUCUGUGGAAACUUUAAUGGCAACAAGCAUGACGAUAUCACUGUUAGCGGUCCGGCCAAAUGGAAGGUUUCCACACCUAUGACUGAAACCUGUGAGGAAGUUACACUUCCACCCAGGGAUCAGUGUGACCAGACAAGCGUUUGCCAGCAGUAUCUCAGCAGUCCAGGGUUUGCUGACUGUUACAAUGUGAUGGACAUGAGUUCAUAUGAAAAAGCUUGUGUAGACGACCUGUGUCAGUGUUACGGAAAUUACGACUGUCUCUGCAACACACUCACAGAGAUUUCACGACAGUGCACUCAUGCUGGAGGAAAACCAGGAACAUGGAGGACAGAACAGCUCUGUCCAAAGACGUGUCCUCUGAACUUGCAAUACAUGGAGUGUGGGAGUCCGUGCAAGAACACCUGCUCAGAUCCAACCACAAGCCUACUGUGUAAAGAACACUGUGUGGAUGGCUGUUUCUGCCCUAUUGGCACAGUGGAAGACAACAUUGGUCAGAGUGGUUGUGUUCCUGUGAACCAGUGCCCUUGUGAGCAUAACAGUGCAGUAUAUCAGUCAGGAGAGUCUUACAAACAAUCUUGCAAAAAAUGUGUGUGCGCCGCUGGACACUGGAAUUGUACAUACCUGGAAUGUCCCGGAAUCUGCUCUGUUGUGGGAGGGUCUCACGUCACCACUUAUGAUGGAAAGACCUUCACCUUCAGUGGCAACUGUGACUACAUCCUCACUAAGCACUCUAAUGACAGUGACAUUGCGGUUGUGGGAAAUCUGGCAAAGUGUGAUCCUGCUCGAAAAGACACAUGUCUAAAUUCAAUCACCCUUGUCAUCUCAGGGACCACUGUUAUUUUUUCCUCUGGUGGAUCUGUGACAGUGAAUGGAAUCAGUCCACGCAUGUUUCCUUUCACCACAGGUCCUGUGAACAUCUUCCAGCCCUCUUCCUCUUUCAUCAUUGCUGAUAUGAAGAGUCUUCGUCUGGAGAUCCAGUUGGCUCCAGUCAUGCAGUUGUAUAUUGUUGCCAGACCUGAAGAGAAAGGAAAGAUGAGUGGUGUGUGUGGGAACUAUAACGACAUCCAAUCAGAUGACUUUAAAACAACAUUGGGCAUCAUAGAGGGCACACCAACAUCCUUUGUCAACUUUUGGAAACAAAAUUGCCAAGAUCUUGAAAUCACAUUUGACAACCCCUGCAGCUUGAAUAUAGAAACAGAGCAACUUGCAAAAGACUGGUGUUCCCGUCUCACAAACCCAAAUGGCAGCUUUGCUGCAUGUCACUCAGAAAUAUGUCCUGAGAUGUACUACCAAUGGUGUGUCUACGAUACCUGCAAAUGUGCAGAUAUUAAGAAGUGUAUGUGUGCGGCCGUGUCCAACUAUGCCCACGUCUGUGCUGCCAGAGGAAUCAUUCUCCAGGGCUGGAUGGAUUCUGAACCCUGUGACAUGAUUUCAGAGUGUUCAGGGAACAUGAAGUACUCCUACGGCGUGACCAGCUGUGGCAGCACCUGCCGCUCUCUCAGUGAACAAGACAACACCUGCCAAGGGUCCUUCACACCUGUAGAUGGUUGCACCUGUUCUGAGGGAUCCUACCUCAGUGAAGACGGAAGCUGUGUACAUGCUGAUCAGUGUCCUUGUUACUAUGGCAACCAGGUCAUAGCGCCAUCAGCAGUUUUCUACAAAGAUGGUGCUAAAUGCACCUGUGAUCUUGGCAAACUGCACUGCUCCAGUCAAGAAGACUGUGUGGCUCCAAUGACAUUCUUCAAAUGCUCAAGUCAUGGAGAAAAAGGAAUGGAGUGUCAGAGGACAUGUGUGAAGCAAGACCCAAACAACUGUGUGAGCAUGGGGUGUACAUCAGGGUGUAUGUGUCCAGAUGACCUUCUGGCUGACGGAAAAGGUGGGUGUGUGAAGAGAGAAAAAUGUCCAUGUUCCCAUAAUGGAGUCUUCUAUUCACCUGGAGAGCAAGUUCAACAGGACUGUAACACCUGCACAUGCACAAAUGGGAUGUGGACUUGUACUGAAAAGGCAUGCUAUGGCACGUGUACCAUCUAUGGUGAAGGUCAUUUCAGGACUUUUGAUGGCAGAAGAUAUUCUUUCCACGGAGACUGUGAACACACCAUCACCCAUGAUUAUUGUGAUACGAACCCCAGUCCCUCCUUCCGUCUGGUUACAGAGAACAUACCUUGUGCAACCACCAGCUCCAUUUGCUCCAAGUCCAUCAAUCUGUUCUUUGGGAAAUAUGAGAUGAUUUUAUCUGAGGAGGAAGAUGUGAAAGUUGUUGAAAACAACGGCACAGAGUACAGAUAUCAAAUCAGUUCUGCAGGCAUAUAUGUUGUCAUAGAAGUCGAAGGGCUUUUGAACUUAAUCUGGGAUAAAAAAACAAGUGUGAUGAUCCAACUCCAUCACAAAUUAAAGGGCAAGGUGUGUGGACUGUGUGGAAACUUUGAUGGUAAUGCAAACAAUGACUUUAUGAAGCACAAUGGAGAAGUUGUGACAGAUCCAGACGAUUUUGGGAAUAGCUGGAAGGUGAAGCCCAGCUGCCCUGAUGUAACAAAUGUGGUGCAUCCUUGUGACGCAAAUCCACAUCGACAUGCCUGGGCUAUCAAACAAUGCAGAAUUAUCACAAGCUCUGUCUUUGCAGACUGCCAUUCACUUGUGGAUUCUGGCCCAUACUAUGAUGCCUGUGAAAGGGAUGCCUGUGCAUGUGACAGUGGGGGUGACUGUGAUUGUCUCUGUACUGCAGUGGCAGCUUACGCUGCUGAAUGCCGUAAAAGAGGAGCUUGUGUAGCAUGGCGAAGACCAAACUUUUGCCCUUUAUUCUGUGACUACUACAAUGCUCAAGGAGACUGUGAGUGGCACUAUAAACCCUGUGGAUCAACCUGCAUGAAAACCUGCAAAAACCCCUCAGGAACAUGCUCUGAUCAAAUCCCCCCCCUUGAGGGUUGUUUUCUUCAGUGCCCUUCAGAGAGGCCAUAUUUCAGGGAAGAGACUAUGAAGUGUGUCACUGAGGAAAGAUGUACAGACUGUUUCUAUGAUGGGAAAUUAUUUCCACGUGGAUCGGUCAUUUACGAAACCACAGAUGGGGAUGGUACAUGUUUCACUGCUAUGUGUGAUUCAUAUGGGAAAAUAAUAAGAAUUAUUACUGAAUCAUGUAUAUAUACAACUACAACACCUUUCACUUUCUCAACUACACCUGAAACAACAACACCUACAUCAACAGAAACAGCAACACCUACAACUGUUACAAUAACACCUACAAUCAACACCAUCUACAAUAACACCUACAUCAACAGAAACACCAUCUACAACAAGUACUACUACAGUUACCACACCAAUUACUGUAACGACAACACCUACAUCAACAGAAACAACACCAUCUACAAUAACACCUACAUCAACAGAAACACCAUCUACAACAAGUACUACUACAGUUACAACAACACCUUACCCCUAAACAGCAACACCUACAACUGUUACAAUAACACCUACGUCAACGGAAACACCAUCUACAACUACUGGCACAACAACAACUUCAACAACAGAGACAUCCACAAUCACAUCCAUGACUACCACACCAAUUACUGUAACGACAACACCUACAUCAACAGAGACAACACCAUCUACAAUAACACCUACAUCAACAGAAACACCAUCUACAACAAGUACUACUACAGUUACAACAACACCUUACACCUAAACAACACCAUCUACAAUAACACCUACAUCAUCAGAAACACCAUCUACAACAAGUACUACUACAGUUACCACACCAAUUACUGUAACGACAACACCUACAUCAACAGAAACAACACCAUCUACAAUAACACCUACAUCAACAGAAACACCAUCUACAACAAGUACUACUACAGUUACAACAACACCUUACACCUAAACAGCAACACCUACAACUGUUACAAUAACACCUACGUCAACGGAAACACCAUCUACAACUACUGGCACAACAACAACUUCAACAACAGAGACAUCCACAAUCACAUCCAUGACUACCACACCAAUUACUGUAACGACAACACCUACAUCAACAGAAACAACACCAUCUACAAUAACACCUACAUCAACAGAAACACCAUCUACAACAAGUACUACUACAGUUACCACACAAAUUACUGUAACAACAACACCUACAUCAACAGAAACAACACCAUCUACAAUAACACCUACAUCAACAGAAACACCAUCUACAACAAGUACUACUACAGUUACAACAACACCUUACACCUAAACAACACCAUCUACAAUAACACCUACAUCAUCAGAAACACCAUCUACAACAAGUACUACUACAGUUACCACACCAAUUACUGUAACGACAACACCUACAUCAACAGAAACAACACCAUCUACAAUAACACCUACAUCAACAGAAACACCAUCUACAACAAGUACUACUACAGUUACAACAACACCUUACACCUAAACAGCAACACCUACAACUGUUACAAUAACACCUACGUCAACGGAAACACCAUCUACAACUACUGGCACAACAACAACUUCAACAACAGAGACAUCCACAAUCACAUCCAUGACUACCACACCAAUUACUGUAACGACAACACCUACAUCAACAGAAACAACACCAUCUACAAUAACACCUACAUCAACAGAAACACCAUCUACAACAAGUACUACUACAGUUACCACACCAAUUACUGUAACGACAACACCUACAUCAACAGAAACAACACCAUCUACAAUAACACCUACAUCAACAGAAACACCAUCUACAACAAGUACUACUACAGUUACAACUACACCUUACACCUAAACAGCAACACCUACAACUGUUACAAUAACACCUACCUCAACGGAAACACCAUCUACAACUACUGGCACAACAACAACUUCAACAACAGAGACAUCCACAAUCACAUCCAUGACUACCACACCAAUUACUGUAACGACAACACCUACAUCAACAGAAACAACACCAUCUACAAUAACACCUACAUCAACAGAAACACCAUCUACAACAAGUACUACUACAGUUACCACACCAAUUACUGUCACGACAACACCUACAUCAACAGAAACAACACCAUCUACAAUAACACCUACAUCAACAGAAACACCAUCUACAACAAGUACAACUACAGUUACAACAACACCUUACACCUAAACAGCAACACCUACAACUGUUACAAUAACACCUACGUCCACGGAAACACCAACUACAACUACUGGCACAACAACAACUUCAACAACAGAGACAUCCACAAUCACAUCCAUGACUACCACACUAAUUACUGUAACGACAACACCUACAUCAACAGAAACAACACCAUCUACAAUAACACCUACAUCAACAGAAACACCAUCUACAACAAGUACUACUACAGUUACAACAACACCUUACACCUAAACAGCAACACCUACAACUGUUACAAUAACACCUACGUCAACGGAAACACCAUCUUCAACUACUGGCACAACAACAACUUCAACCACAGAAACAUCCACAAUCACAUCCAUGACUACCACACCAAUUACUGUAACGACAACACCUACAUCAACAGAAACAACACCAUCUACAAUAACACAUACAUCAACAGAAACACCAUCUACCACAAGUACUACUACAGUUACAACAACACCUUACACCUAAACAGCAACACCUACAACUGUUACAAUAACACCUACGUCAACGGAAACACCAUCUACAACUACUGGCACAACAACAACUUCAUCCACAGAAACAUCCACAAUCACAUCCAUGACUACCACACCAAUUACUGUAACGACAACACCUACAUCAACAGAAACAACACCAUCUACAAUAACACCUACAUCAACAGAAACACCAUCUACAACAAGUACUUCUACAGUUACCACACCAAUUACUAUAACGACAACACCUACAUCAACAGAAACAACACCAAAUACAAUAACACCUACAUCAACAGAAACACCAUCUACAACAAGUACUACUACAGUUACAACAACACCUUACACCUGUAUUAUUUGUGA